AGGGCUCGGGGAGGUUGGGGACUUGAGGGGAGGAGAGGGGCGGUCCCGGACAGAUCACCGAUGGAAAGAAGCACUGAGAAGGACGCGCCCCCUACCGUCCCUGCUGGGCCAUCGCCCCGCCCCGUGGGCCCUUAAGGCCCCGCCCCGUCGGCCCUGAAAGCCCCGCCUCCGUCAGCCCUGAAAGCCCCGCCUCCGUCAGCCCUUAAAGCCCCGCCCCCGCCAGCCCUUAAAGCCCCGCGCGCACUGCGGGGUUGCCCGGUUCCCUUUCGUCGCGCGGCCCUUUAUUUCCGGCUGUGGCGCGCGAGCGGAAGGCUUUUACGGACGGACUGUGGCCGGCGAUGGGCGCGGGCAUUUCUCCAUUUAUAGCUGUCUGUUUACGUUCUGAUUGGAAACCCUGGGAUCGUUUUCAUCAUGCCGACAGUGGUGGUAAUGGAUGUAUCGCUCUCCAUGACCCGACCUGUGUCUGUCGAGGGGUCUGAGGAAUAUCAGCGCAAGCACCUAGCAGCCCACGGAUUGACAAUGCUGUUUGAGCACAUGGCCACAAAUUACAAGCUUGAGUUUACAGCCCUGGUGGUUUUUUCAUCGCUCUGGGAGCUGAUGGUCCCCUUCACAAGAGACUAUAACACCUUACAGGAAGCACUAAGCAAUAUGGAUGAUUAUGACAAAACCUGCUUGGAGUCUGCAUUGGUUGGCGUUUGCAAUAUCGUUCAGCAAGAAUGGGGUGGUGCAAUUCCUUGCCAGGUUGUCCUGGUGACAGAUGGCUGUCUUGGCAUUGGUAGAGGGUCACUGAGGCAUUCCCUAGCUACUCAUAAUCAACGGAGUGAGAACAACAGGUUUCCACUCCCCUUUCCUUUCCCGUCUAAGUUGUACAUCAUGUGCAUGGCAAAUUUGGAAGAGCUUCAGAGCACUGAUUCCUUGGAUUGCCUUGAACGUCUCAUAGAUUUAAACAAUGGUGAAGGUCAGAUUUUUACCAUUGAUGGCCCCCUGUGCUUGAAAAAUGUACAGUCUAUGUUUGGAAAACUGAUAGAUCUGGCAUACACACCUUUCCAUGCAGUUCUCAAGUGUGGUCACCUAACCGCUGAUGUACAAGUCUUCCCCAGGCCAGAACCUUUUGUCGUAGAUGAAGAAAUCGAUCCUAUUCCCAAAGUCAUUAACACAGAUUUGGAAAUAGUGGGAUUUAUUGACAUAGCUGAUAUUUCAAGUCCCCCGGUUCUAUCCAGACAUCUGGUCCUACCCAUAGCACUUAACAAAGAAGGUGAUGAGGUGGGUACUGGCAUCACUGAUGACAAUGAAGAUGAGAAUUCAGCCAAUCAGAUUGCAGGCAAAAUUCCCAAUUUUUGUGUCCUGCUCCAUGGCAGCCUAAAAGUGGAAGGAAUGGUGGCGAUUGUUCAGUUAGGCCCGGAAUGGUAUGGAAUGCUGUACUCCCAAGCUGACAGCAAGAAGAAAUCAAACCUUAUGAUGUCUCUGUUUGAGCCUGGCCCAGAACCGCUCCCAUGGCUAGGGAAGAUGGCCCAGUUGGGUCCUAUUUCAGAUGCUAAAGAAAACCCUUAUGGUGAGGAUGACAAUAAGAGCCCGUUCCCCCUGCAGCCCAAAAACAAACGCAGCUAUGCCCAGAAUGUGACUGUCUGGAUCAAACCCAGCGGUCUGCAGACAGAUGUACAGAAGAUUUUAAGAAAUGCAAGGAAACUACCUGAAAAAACACAGACAUUCUAUAAGGAGCUGAACCGUUUACGAAAGGCUGCCCUGGCCUUUGGUUUCUUGGACCUGCUCAAAGGGGUGGCUGACAUGCUGGAAAGGGAGUGCACGCUGCUGCCGGACACAGCCCACCCUGACGCUGCAUUCCAGCUGACCCACGCAGCCCAGCAGCUCAAGCUGGCCAGCACCAGCACCUCUGAGUACGCUGCUUAUGACCACAACAUCACACCUUUGCAGACAGACUUCUCUGGGAGCAGCACUGAGAGGAUGUGAAGCUGACUUUUGGAGCCUUCAUUAUUUCCAGAGUGAAAAUGGCUUAGGGUAAAGACCUUUCAGUCUGCUCACCUCUGGAAUAGCCACUCACAGACCUCCCCAAGGCUGCCUCAGAAACACCACUUACUGGUUGGAAUGACUCUACCAGUCUGAGAGGGGUUCUGAAAGGUGACUGGCUGGUUAAGCUUUAAUUUUAGCAUUCUGGGGCUCAGAGUCCCCAGAUUCUCCUCCCUCAAUGGGUACAUCUCCUGAGAAGCUUGAAUGGCUGACAAGCACCGAGUUCCCCACACUUCCUCAGCAGAGGCUCUCUGGUUCCUGAAAGGCGUCAUCUCUUCUCUCCAGUUUUCUGUCACGACCAUAUUCUCAAGCUUCUGUCCUUGGAAUGAGCAACCCAGACCAUUUGAGGCUGACUACGUACAAGACCAACUCAGUUUCAGAACUUUGCCUAGAACUUGAGCAAAAUGUGAUGGUAACCCUUAGGUGCUCUUGGUGUAUCUCAAGAUACAGACUUUUAAACAGCAACCACAUGUAUGUCUAAAACGAUUCUCCUUCAAAUUUUUGGGUUUUUUUUAAAAAAAAAGAAAAUAAAAUAUUUUCUAUAAAAUAGUUUCACCGAAAUUAAUGGGCAUUUUGCCUUUUGGUCUGACCUAUCACUUGAAUAUAAUUUCAACUUCCUAAGCGGCACAGAUUAUAUAAUCACGUUUCCUUGGGUUCUAUACUACCUUGUUUGGACACAGAUUUGACGUCAAUGCCAGGUUCCAGCUGCUGUUGAUUCCAACUCAUGGCAACCCUAUGUGUACUGGAAUAGAUCUGUGCCCCCCAGGGUUUUCAAUGGCUGAUUUUUCGAAAGUAGAUUACCAGGCCUUUCUUCCUAGGUACCUAUGGGCAGACUCAGACCUCCAACGUUUUGGUUAGCAGCCGAGCACGCUAACCCUUUCCACCACCCAGGGACUCCAAGCCAAGUUCAUUCCAGCUAAAUUGUCACAGAUCACUGAAUUCAAAGUCAGUUUUGGUUCCAAUCCAUCAGCUAGCUUCAUGAUCUUGGGCAAGUAAGUAACUUCUCCAGGGUUUAUUUACAUCGUCAAUAAUCUUCAAAUUGCUCUGUGGACCUACUGUGGUAGAACCCCUCAGGCCUCUGGGCCCUUUACCCCCACCUUCAACCAAAACAGACAACUGUGGCUUAGCAUGCUGAAGUGUCUGAACAAAGGGCUUUCGUCACUAACAGUUUGAAAACCAUUAAACUGAAUGAUAUUUAAGCACGCGUCAUUAGGAUUUUGACUGUAAAUGUUUUAAUAGAAAUACACAAUGUUUUGCCUUCUCAGACAGCAAUAAAGGGGUUUGUAACAAUCACUAAAAAUACAGGAUUUUGCCCAGAGGAUGCAGGAUAAUCUGCGGCAAGGCUGAUUUGCCCAGUUACACAGAGGAACUCGGCUGAAAGAACAUCAGAAGUCAGUACAAACAAGUGUUGACAGGAAGACACAGGCAUACAAGAUAUGUUCAGCGCGGCGGAUUUUUAAAAAAUCAGCCAAACCAGGUUUCCAUUUUGGGCUCAGAGAAAGAACAUAACUAACUCACUGAGUCUCCUUCCCCCAGGAGCAAUGGGAAUGGCAGACAAAAGAGCUAUCAGGCCUUAAAUUCCUUUAUACAAGUGUUACUUCUAACACUUAUUUUACUUGGUUUACUUGGAAUGUUUUAGAGAAAACUACUCUUUUAGCAUGGAUAAACUUCAAAAUGUUUAGAUUUUUUUUUCCAGUUCCCCUGUUGGUGUGUUUCCUGCCAGGAGUCCUUGUUAAGGGUCAGCCUAUGGUUCUCCAGCCAAAGUUCUUUCAGCAGACAGGUGACAGAGCAAUCUAAUGGCAGAAUAAAAGCAAGUCUACUCAAAAGCAGACAGUCCCACCACUCACGGACCAGUAAGUGAGUAAAUGGACUCAGCUAGGGCAGGGGUAAGAAGACUAGCUUUUUAAAAAUGCUUGUUCACAGUUUAAGACAGUUUUGUGGGCAUGUUUAGUCUGGCCUAUUCAAAUGGCUCCAGUUUGCCACAGGCUGCACUGCCAGCAGCUUACUGCCAGUUUGACCCACAUAUUUACAUUCCCUUCUGACCCCUGGACCCAUGUGAGUUUGGAACCCUUUUUGUAGUUUCAUUGUAUCUUUAGUGUUCAGAAAUAGUGGUGAAGUAAGUGAUCAUGGUAUUCCAAGGUUCUGACUGGCCUCUCCCAGAUCAUCCUGUGCCCUCUCCAACGUCCAGACAGUGGUAAACACUGUGAUAACAUAUGUUGUCAGAGACUCCAGAAGAUAUCAGAUCUCACAUAUGUUCUCUAGCCCCACUCUGACUCAGGAGUGUUUUAUCAAGGACUGAGUCUAACUUGCUAUCACAAGGUCAAUGCCACUCCACUUGCCAAGUAACCCACUGGGUAUAGAAUAUAUUAGCUUCUGCCGGAGUCAUUUUACAGUCCUAUACAGCAACAGCCUUGCUUUUUUUCACACAUAGUAACUGAAAAGAACAAAUCCCAAUUAUGAGAAUGGCCAGUACCUUGUAGGGAUGACACUGAAGAAAUAUCCUUGGCCUGCAUGACACAGCCUGGAUGUGGGGUGGGUGGCAGUGGGGCUGAGCCUUUGACAUCACUACCUGAAUACACAAGAAUGAACCUGUCAUCAGCUAUCAGGAAUCCAUGUCGUGCAAGGACUACGCUAAUACAGUAAAUUCAGGAAUGUUACUGGGGAGAAGGAGAGUAGACAGCCUUGCUGAGAAUUUAAUCAUUUAACUUUAAAAAAAACUUUUAUAUCAGUACAAGAAGGUAAAACUGUAAGAAUCACAGAUAAGCCUCAAACUGGUAAGAAGCCAUCCAAAUCUCUUCUUAGUCGAUCUUUUUCUUUCUUUGUCCAUAGCGCCGCCUGCGCUGUUUAUAAAGGUGACGGAAAUUUAUAUAUAACCCUGAAAAAGAAAACAACAGUGAUUAGAAAUGAGAAUCCUUGUCUCUGUUUGUAAUGGCGAGGGGCAACCUCUAGUUGUCUGUUUCCCGUGUUCUACAGCACUAAGCUUACUGCAGCUGCUCAGGAAGUGCAACGUAGGACAAUUAACAAUGAACUAGAGACAGCCGUUUUUUUUUCCUGGUGGGGUUACAAUUCAAUUUUUGCUAUAUUUUAUUAGGGAAAUUUUCAAACAGAAGUAUAAAAUCAUUGUACAGUGAACACCCAUAUAGUCACCACUUAGAUUCUAAACAUUUUCCCAUGCUUCCUUUACCAAGUAUUUAUUUAUUCAUCUCUCUCUCCACCUCGCUAACCCCUUGCUGUGGGGAAACAGCCACAUGGAGAGGCCCUGUGGCAAGAAACUGAAGCCUCCGGUCAGGAACCGCAGGGGUAAGCUUGGAGCGGGUCCUCCAGCCCCACUAACAGCUUGUCUGAAACGUCGCAAAACCCUGAGCCUGAACGGCCCAGUGAGCUUGCCUCCUGAGCCUCAGAAACUGUGUGAGGUAGUAAAUGUUUUAAACCACUGCAUAUUGGGGUCAUUUAUUACCCACACAGCAAUAGGUAACUAAUGAACUGUCUACCUGCUCUUGCAUCCUCUGUUGCUGAGAAACCAGGCAGCCAUUCUUAUUUAAGUCUACUUCAAGUCUCUUGUGAAAUAAAGCAGACAUAAAUUACAUUAAAAUGUGUCUGAUCUUUAUGUAACGCAAAUAAUCCUCAUAGUUGGAAAGGCUUUUAAAUCUCUCAUUAUUUGUGUGUGGUAAUUUAGGCUUACUUCUUUUUCCAUUCUUUAAGCUCUUAGUUUUUAUGAAAUAAGGCAAGGACUUAUGAUUCAAUAUAAAAGAAACCCCCCCAAAAACAAACCCAUUGCUGUCAAGUCAAUUCCAACUGAUAACAACCCUAUAGAACAGAGUAGAACUGCCCCAUAGGGUUUCCAAGGAGCAGCUGGUAGAUGUGAACUGCUGACUUUUUGGUUAGCAGCCAAGCUCUUAACCACUGUGCUACCAGGGCUCCAAUAUAAAAGUAAAUUAAUAAAUAAGCAAGUGGGUUUUAGGUGAGGAGCAGCAGGGCUUUCCCACUGUUAGGUAAAGGUCUCUGUGACACCUCCUGGCUGCUCAGAGGCCUUUACGGCUUUCCUGCUUCCUUGCCGUCAGCUGUAUUACCACCUCUAUCAACUCUGGAUGUGGUCUGUGCUAAUAAUGAAAUCAGGAAAGUAAACUGAACUUCUUAUUCUGUUUUAAAAGAGCUUCCUCGAGUCUGGCAAAAAUCUUCAAAGUUCUGAAUCUGGCUGACGGGUAAAUCAGUGUUCAUUUUGCUUUUCUUUUUUUGUAUAUGUUUUAAAAUUUUCACAAUUCAAAAGCAAUAGAAUGAUCAUGCAGGGGAAAAAAAAAAGCUUCUUACAUUGUUUUAAACAAGAAACAUCUUCUGGUGUAUUCCCAAUGACCACGACCACUUCAAGAAGAAAAUUCAGCCACUGGAGAUUUGGGAGGAAAUACAUCCAUAUACAGCAUAUUCUCCUAGUGGGUCUAUUUUUGCAAAGUGAUUUUUCUCUAGCUCCAUGCAACUCUUUCGAAAUAAAAAUCCCAGUAAGGACUUUUAAAACCCUGUAUCACUGAAAUCCACCCUCUAAGAAGUGUCAGGAAAAAGUCUGUAUUACAAAGCCAAUACUUACCUAGAAAUAACACAAUAAGAUAAAUCUGAAGAAAAAAGGAAAAUCUAACUUUGAUUUUCACUGGAUAUGGCAAUGUGAAACUGAAUCUUCCUGUCUCAUUGAAUACUGGAAUGGACUGGAUCACUGAGACAGCUGGAAACGGAAACAAGAACUUGUUAGAAGAAAGGGAGAUACAGAGCUUUCCGGCCCCCAGCCCUCAAAGUUUCAGUUCCGAGUUUUUUGAAAAUGCUUCAUCUUCCCUUCUUACAGAGAGCUCUUAGUUUUCCUAGGAUUUAAGCCUCCAAGCUGUCAUGAAAAAGAGAUGAAUGAGAGCCAGUCAUCUGAUCGCAUAGGGCUUCAGUUUCCUAUUCCAUAAAAUGGAGAGAAUGAUUCCUACCUGACUCACUCACUAGGUGUUUGUGAGAAUAAAAUGAGGUUAUCAAUAUGAACCUGCUUUGGAAAAUUAAAAAUACAAUAUAAAUGGGAAGCAUACAGUACAUGACCACCUAGCUCCCAAAACUUAUAUACACAAUGAGCUACUUCCCUGGACACCAGGAGUAUUAUGGAAAGAAGCUACUAGAAAGAAAUUCUGGAAAAGUCCAACAUUUACAGACCUAGGCUAGCAAAGGAAGAACAAGCCGAAGCUAAGCUAUAAAAUGUAGAGUUCCUAAAAGUACCUUCUGCUAAACACCCCAGAGGAUAUAUGGGAAUCCACACAGAGUAUCGAAGCCACGUGAGUACCUUCCAAUCCAUGUCAAUGCAAGUCAGCAUGUAGAAGGGGUACCU